ACAGUAGAUUUACAGUAAGCAAAAGUCUUCAUUUAGUUUGCAUUUACUCCCAUAGCUGUUUCAGAGGAAGAUGGUCAAACCCAAUAAACCUCUCACUGUUGAAUCCCACAGACAUUUUGUGGCACUAUAGGAUUGUUAUGUGUAUUGUAAUCUGCUUUUUAAGUCCUCUGGCUUCAAGUCAAGCAGUAAAGGAGGGACGGCAGCAGCGUUUGGGACACGUGGACAGGCCGCAGAAAGCGAUGUGGCAGAGGCAGGUUUACUUUUGGAAGCAAAAUGGCAGGACUGUGUGUGUGUGCGAACAAAUCUGUCCUUUAAGUUUCAUGUGUGCUCGAAAAAGUGCAGUAAAAUGGUGAGCUAAAAUCGUGGCUGGCAGUGCAGCCCACAAACCUCAGCUCUUUCCUUCACUGCCUGGCUGCCCUCCCAGAGUCUCCGGCUCUAACCUCCAAAAGAAAUUCCCCUGCUCUUUUCUCCAGGAGCACGGAGGAGUCUCCACGCACAUGGGGAAUGUAGUCGAAACGCAUGCCACCUACUUGUCGAUCUUGCACGAGGGAGCAAAGAUCAGGAGCUGGUGAAAGAAGGCUCUGUGGAGAGUUUGACCCAGACUAGGUUUGGUUGUGUAAGGUGGGGGCGAGCCGGGGAGCAGCCGGUGGCGGAGCGGCCAUGGCUUGGGGUUUAGUGUGUGGGCUGGAAGCCCUGCUGCUGUGGAGUGGCACUUUCAUUUGGCAGAUGGUUGUGUGGAUGAUCCGGAGGUGUUACCUGCAGAGGAUGAGGUCAUGUCAGCAGUGCCUACACACCUGCUUCUACCUGAGCGACGUCUAUCAGAUGACCGAGGGACGGCUCUGCCAGGUGCAGCUCCUGGACGACAGGAAGCUGGAGCUCUUGGUUCAGCCAAAGCUGUUGUCCCGUGAACUCUUGGAUUUAGUCUCAUCCCAUUUUAACCUGAAAGAAAAGGAAUACUUUGGGUUCACCUAUGUGGAUGACAUUGGUCAGUGCAAAUGGCUGCAGCUGGACCGCAGAGUCCUGGAGCACGACUUCUCCAAGAAAUCCGGGCCUAUUGCGCUUCAGUUCCUGGUGAGGUUUUACAUUGAGAGUAUUUCGCUGCUGAAGGAGCACACAACUGUGGAGUUAUUCUUUCUGAAUGCCAAGUCGGCCAUCUAUAAUGGUGACAUCGAGGUGGAGAGUGAGCUGGUUUUUAAAUUAGCUGCUCAUGCGCUGCAGGAAUCUAAAGGAGACUAUGCAAGUGAUGAAAACACCAGAGCAGAUCUGAAGAAGCUUCCAGCACUGCCCACUAAAGUCCUGAAGGAGCAUCCGUCUCUGGCAUACUGCGAGGAGCGUGUGAUUGAGCACCACAAGCUGUUGAAAGGGCUCUCCAGAGGACAGGCCAUUGUGCAGUACUUGACCCUGGUGGAGUCACUGCCCACAUACGGAGUGCAUUAUUAUGAAGUGAAGGAUAAACAAGGACUUCCAUGGUGGCUGGGCAUCAGCUAUAAAGGCAUAGGACAGUAUGACCACCAAGAUAAAGUCAAACCUCGAAAGCUCUUCCAGUGGAAGCAGUUGGAGAACUUGUACUUCAGAGAGAAGAAAUUUGCUGUGGAGGUGAAUGACCCUCACAGGCGAACAGUGACUAAACGCACGUUUGGUCAGACGGGGCUGGUGAUCCACACUUGGUAUGCCAGUCACUCAUUGAUCAAAACCAUCUGGAUCAUGGCCAUCAGCCAACACCAGUUCUACCUGAACAGAAAACAGAGCAAAGCAAAAAUCACCACAGCCAGAAGUUUAGGAGACAUUGCGACUGACCUGACAGAGAACGGAGCAUCAAAGAUGAACAAACUGAGUGCAGGGGUGAAGAAUCAGCUCAUCAUGGCCAGUAACGGGAGUCUGAUUUCAACAGGUUCGGCUGACUCUGAAAUGAAUGACGACCAGAAAAAAGAGAAACUUGCGGAGCUGAGAAAGAAAGAGAGAGAGCUCCAGGACAUGCUAAGCCAAAAACUGACAGAGCUGAAAGAAAUAUGCCUGCGGGAGGCUCAACUUACUGGCAAACUUCCGAAAGAGUUUCCCCACAUCAAAGGCGAAACCCCUCCUCAUGUUCGGAGGAGAGUCGGGACGGCUUUCAAAUUAGAUGACCUUUUCCCCUAUAAUGAGGAUCCAUACCUGAGAAAUUUGGAGAGUCGCUUUGCAUUGCAGCAGAAAAUCGUGGAGGCAGCCAAGAAGCUCGCUGCCGAUCCUGACAUCUCUAAAUUAGUGAGGAAAAAGAGGAGGAGGAACUGUCUGGAUGCCAUGCAAAAGCUGCAGGAGAUCGAAGAUGAAAUGAAUCAAUACAGACUGAAGAAAGGGCAGAAACCCACACAGAGGGCUUCUGUGAUCAUAGCAGAUGAACUGGCUCAGUCCGAGUGCAGCUCCCUGUGUGAUAGUCUUCCUCUAGAGGAUGAAGAUGAUGGGCAGAGGCCGCGCUCCCGCUCCGUCCAGUGUUCCCCGUGUCUGAGUCCUCCUCUGUCAUCGUCCGGUCUGGAAUACGACUCAGAGAGACGAUCCUCAUCCAGCGACACACAUCACGACAGAGCUCUUAAUAGAUUAGAUCAUGAGGUCCAAGGGCCAGGACAUUAUUACACCCCCCGAGAGGUGUUCUCUGCCCAAAGCAGUCCGUGUAAAACUUUACCUAGAAUGCCGAAGGACCCCCGCAGCUUACCCCAAACCCCCGUCAUGCCCCGUAACGCCUACAGCAGCAGCCAACUCAGAUCGGAAGGUUAUAUCCGUGGUUUCCGGCACCGCAGUGGCAGUUUGGAGUCCCAGUCACAACUUCUCCACUCUCACUGCGCAAACAAAUUGGCCUUUCCUCUGUCUCCUUCCCGUCGUAGCAACAGCACUGAGGUGCUGGACGACUGCUCAUCCUAUACCAGCAUGUCCAGCAUGGACUAUUGCCUCCCCUGCUCAGCCACUCCUCCCUACCGCAUGCUAGACUCGCAAUCCCAUGAUUACCGGCUCCACCGCAAAGUGGAGAUCUACGGAAAUACCGGCAGCAUGCCUAACUUGGUCCCUCAAAACUCCAGCUGUUAUGGCUACCAGCAGAAUCACUAUGGCCCUGCUGCGUAUUACAUGACUGGGUAUCCGGGCCUUGAAUAUGAGCCUUGUUCUAACGGAGCUUACGUUUACGAGAGUGAGCUUGAGGGUCACUAUAACAUCAACCCCACUUACCCAGCACAUGGUUACCAGAGUCGUAGUCGGAACAGGCAUUAUGGAAUAGAAGGGUCAGAUAAUUUGUCACAGAAUCCAUAUGCCACCGUGAGGCCCCCUAGAGGACGACAGGGACCCUUGAAUGAGGUGCUGACGAAGAACAUGUACAAGGCUUUGGUGGCGGAGCAUUUGAAGGGAUGGUACAAUCGCAGUGCUGGGCACAGGGAACCAGGUGCCUAUCAGCUGGUGUACACCUACAAAUAUGACAGAGGUUCCCAGCACAGCCUGGGCUACCAGACGCUGCCCGCCCCCUUCACCCACUCCAGCAGAACCAACUCGUUCUCCUCAGUGUCAUCUACUGCCAGUGGAGGGGGAAACUGGCAGAAUCAUUUAGCUGUGGGUCUGACUGAUGGUGAAUUGCCAGACGGUCCCUUGAGUGCUGGGGCUUACAGUCCUUCAUACAGUCGCAGUCCUACACACAACAGGUUCCCGUCAGAAAGUGCCACCUCUCACACAUCAGAGCCGGUAGAGGUGUUUGGAGCCAUGGCCAGCUGUUCUGACACAGACCAUUAAAGAGUAAUGAGGACAGCUCAUUCCGCAUGACAGUCCUGUGACGUCACAGAGCACACGUUGAUACUGCAUCAACACGACUGCUGUAUUUACCACUUCUGGAGGACCAAAAGAUAUACCGGCACAACAGAAAGUAGAAAGGAAACAGAAGCACCUUACGGACAGAUGUGGACAACAUGGACCUAAAUCUAUCUCGUGCCUCAGAAUGGGAUGGCCAUGCUAGUGGACGUCUAGCCUAACAAAUGACUUGUAAAGUGCCCUGGACUGUGAGAGCAUCGGUGUUCACGCUCAGUUCUGUGGUGUGAAUAAUAAACCUACCAAAUGAGAUGGGCACACUUAUAGUAAAUGUCAUUUCAUACAGGAGUUUCUGAGAGAGUGAAGAAACUAGCCAUGUCACAUGACCUUUUUUACGUUGUCCCAUGCAGAAGAGUGAUAGGUUUGAACUUCAAUAAUAUUAAAAUCUCAAAACAUGGCAAGAACGAAAUAAUGUAAAUAUUAUUAUGACCGAGUGGCUGUUUUUUUAAAUGCCAUUUCAUUUUGUAAUUUAUUGAGCUGUCUGUGCUUGUAGAAGUGCAUAUAUGCAUUCUGAUUGGGUACCAUUACAUGACAAGUGAGUGGUUUGCCUGCUUGAUACUGUAGAUAUUUUGUUCUGCACAAAUUCUGUUAGAACAGCACUUGAAUGGAGUGAAGCUUGGCAAGACCCUGGAAAAUACAGACGUUAGUUGUUCUGCUCUAAGAAAGAAAAACAAAAACAUCAACCCAACAGUUUGAGCCUAAAAACAUACGUUAAGGAUGUUGUCAGUGUUCUUAAAGGAAUGUUCGGGUUCAGCACAGGUUACGCUGUAGGACGGCAUCUGAAGUAUGCUGUUGAUUAGUAGAUCAUUUACUCAAUCCUCUGUUUGUGUCAGAGCUCUGCGUGUCCAAACACACACAUGUACACAACUGAACUUGUAAAGCUUGUGUGUUUGUUAAAUCACUUAUUUUAUCUUCUUCCUUACAAAAAGAGAGUCUUAUUUGAGCUGUAAAGUUGUAAUGAAAUAAAAUAGAAAUAAUAGAUGAAAACUUUAAGCAAAAAGUGUAUAAACCAGCUCAAGUAUAAGCACUAACAUUGGAAAUAAAUGAAACUGAACUAAAACAGAAAUAAAUAUAAAUUAAACCUAAAUUAAUGAUAAUAAUUAUAAUACUUAUACAAUUGAAAUGCACAUACAAUUACUUAACUAAAACAUUAAAAGCUAUACUUCAAAAUGUAAUAUAUAUAUAUAUAUAUAGUACUAAAUUAACACUGGUUAGGAGCUGAAUAUAACUUUUCACGGAUCAUUUUUCAAGUAUUUCUGGUUACGUUACAGUACGGUUCCAUUAAUUAACUACAUUAUAAAACAUGAACUAACAAUCAAAAUACCUCUAAUGCAUUAACUAAUCUUAGUUAGUGCAAAUUUUAAUUAAAAUACCUCUUAUGCAUUUACUAAUCUUAGUUUAAAUUUCAGUGUUUCCUGUGUAAUUAAAACCAAAGGUUGCAUCUGAUAAUAUUAUAUAGCGGAUGUGAGCUAGCAUGAACUAUACAUAACUGAACAUGUUUAAAUAGAUAGUUUCGGUCCUUGUUUCUGAUUGGCUGAGCCUUGUUCGAAGCUGUUGUAAAUAACAACAGUAGUAACCGUUUUAUAAAUACAAUAAGCCCCAAGAAGCCGUGGUUUACAGUGAAUUUAUAACAGCUAAGGAGCAUUGUUAGGCAACACCCCUAUAAACAAACAUUUUUGUGUAUUUUUCUGUUUAUCCCAGUGCAGCAUCUUGUUCCAUAUAGCUACAUCCAUUGUAAGUGCUUUACUGAUUAUUUUUUUUUUAUAUAGCUGUCACAGAACAAACUCAACCUGUUUCGAGUCUGAACCAUUCCUUUAAGCCUCACGAACCGAAUGCCCAUGUGCCAUGAAGGAACAUCCUGCUUUGAAUGUGUCAAUCUGAUGUAUUUCCUGUAACGUCUGUAUUUGUGGCUUAGAAGCAUGUGAUGUAAAAGCACACAUUUUAGAAAGUUGUUUAGUAUUUUAUUUUUUUAAGUGUACGGUUUGAAUGUGAACGUUGACCCAGCACACCUUUCAAUGGAAACCAUGAGCUGUUCAUUCCUUGAAUCAGUAAUCACUCAUUCAGUCAUUUUCCAGCGGGAUGUGAAUUAAACACGGUCUUACAUCACAGUGUCUCAUAUUAGAUGGUCUCAGUCUGGGCUGCUUUAGUCACAGAGGCAACACUUGACAGAGUCAAUCGAUUGAUAAAGAAAAGAGCUGGCAGGCAGUGUUCGGACCCGUCUGUGCCGUAUAUUUGUGUUGCACAUGUAACGCUCCCUUCAGGACAGGGAGGAAAACUGUAUAAGCAUUUCCAACCUCCCUUUACUUACACUGGCCAUUAUCUAAGAUACUUUCCCAAGGACGCUUAAUUCAACAACUUUUUUCUUCUUCAUUCUGCCUUGACAGCCGACAAGACUUCACUUGCUAAUAGUUAAUAGUGCCACGCCAACCUUGUUUGUAUGUUGCAGGUUCAUUUGCUGCAUGGCUGGUAAUAUAAUGAUCUCUACAGUCCUUUUGCUGCAGCAGUCUUGUCCUAACAAGAGUCUUUGCCAUGUUAGCUCUUGAACACUCAGAGCCCAGCUUAAGCGGUGGAUGCGUGACUUCACAUGCAGCGCAGCUAUUUCAUUGAGUAAUAAAACGAAUCAACAGCCUCACCACAAAAAUCUAAGCCAUGCACUGGGAUACCAGGAAAGAGAAAUGUGUUUUUAAUGAAGUCUCCUAUGAAUGCUAAAGCUGUAUUUUCAGCAUCAUUAUUCUUAUAUACUGAAUUGAUGCACGAUUAGGUUUUUGCAGCGUAAUCUUUUGUGGAAACAUUGUUUCAGGAAAGCAUUUGUAACAUUAGAAAGGUUUUAAAUGUCAGACUUGUUCAAUUCGAUGCAUAAUAAUGAAUAAAAGUAUUAAUUUCUAUUCAUCACACACACCCCACACCUUUGCAUAUAACACUGAUUUCUGAAGAUCAUGUGACACUGAAAGACUGGAGUAAUGAUGCUGAAAACACAGCUGCGCAUCACAGUAAUACAUUUCAUUUU